UAAGAAAACCAGCAAGGACUUGUAACCAACGUUACCAAAUACUAAGUCAUUUCUUGUUACAGGUGACCUAGUCUCCGCAACAGUUAAACAUCCCGACGUGUCCGUCCAAUCAGCGACAAUAACUAUGGUUCAUGGAUAAGAAAACGACGCAACAUGUGUUUUUAAAUUUGUCGGAUAUCAUUAUUUGUCUUGGAAUUUGUUCUCCAGUGUGUGUCGUGGAUUACUUCUCCUCUAAAGUGUCCGAAGGCAUGUUUAUACUGAUCCAGCGUCAUGACUAGGCAGCCCUCAAAGAAAUCAUGCGAUUACCGACGAUUCAAUACUGGACAUUGCUUGUGUUUCUAUUAGGACUAACAUCUGCCUAUGGUUACUUUGGUUUUGUAAGUCACCAUGCGAACGUUGUGAGGGGUAGAGCGAAUUCGGGGUUGACUGCCUGGGACCCUAUGCUUUCUCACAGCUAUAACUUCGAGAAUAAUUACAUCGACGACGGUCGGGGAAACAGGGGCAUUUCUUCUACCAAAUUGUGUGAAAUGAUGAACUUGCACAAAAAACAAAAACGUAUGUGCAGACGGGGGCGUGGCGUAGCUCGGACAUUACUCGACGCCAUUGAACUCUCUGUGAUGGAGUGUCAGUUUCAGUUUCAGAACGAGCGAUGGAAUUGCUCCCUUACGGAGCCCCACAGACGAAACCUUCUCAAGAAAGGUUUCAAAGAAACAUCUUUCCUUUAUGCGAUGUCUUCUGCCAGCUUAGUACACGAAUUUGCACGUGCGUGUAGUAGUGGGCGCCUAGACAGAUGUACUUGUGACGAGUCUCAGAGUCUUCAAAAUAAGGAGGCAUGGCGAUGGGGUGGCUGUGGCGACAAUGUCAAGUAUGGCUUCCGGUUUACGAGACGGUUUCUGCGACGGGCCCGACGGAGGGGCAAAGACCAUCGUGCCAUGAUCAACCAACAUAAUAGUAAACUCGGAAUACGAGUUGUUCGAAGCAACGUCAACACCACGUGCAAAUGUCAUGGCGUUUCCGGAUCGUGCACGGUCCGCACGUGCUGGCAACAACUCUCUCCAUUCCACAAGAUCGGCAAUAUUUUAAAACGGAAAUACGAACGCGCAGUGAAAGUGGAGAUAGAGAACAAUAUAUCAUAUGGAAAGUAUGAACUACCGAAAGGUGAAAUAUCAAACGCAAUUCGUCCGAGUCCGUUCUUAAGUGCUUAUGGAAGCAGCAUGGUGUACAUGGACGAUUCACCGAGUUACUGUUCCCGAAGUAGGUACUCACAAGGCACGACAGGAAGGGAGUGUGACAAAGACCGGAACUGUGACGCCAUAUGUUGUGGGCGUGGCUACAAUGUACAAACAAAGGCGUAUAACCGGUCCUGCGCAUGUCAGGUAGUUUGGUGUUGUGACUUCCACUGUAAACAAUGUUUAUUUGAAGAAGAAGUGCACUUGUGUAAAUAAUUUGUAGAGUGGAUAAGAUGAAUCAAUUGUCUCACAACUGUAAGAAACAGAAACAUGUAUAAAACUACAAUCUGCAUGUGCUUUUUGUCAAACUUAUGCACAAACAUACGCCAACAUAUGCCUUACAACUCACCAAACCUUUGGUGAAUCUGUGUAAAUUCACCGGAUGUGUAAGACAGCCUAAGAAUUCGACAUUUCCAAGAGUGCUUUGGUCUUGAUGAUAAUAAACAUGGAAUGGUCAACGUUGAGACAGACUGACCUGUCAACCAAACAGGAAAUGGUUAAAUAGAAUCGGUGAUGUUUGCACCAGAACCACGCAUGUAAAUCCAUCAAUUCAAGAUAAAUACAUUUUUUUUAUAAGAACUGACCUUUACAAAGGUUACAUAUUAUCACAUUGUGCCGAAUAUGUAUUUAUUAACAGCAGGCUUAUGUACUCACCUUGCGGUUAUACUAUGGAAUAUAUCAUGUAACUUGUAAAUAUAUUGUAAUUUAUGUGAUGAUGAUGAUGAUGAUAAUCCUGUACAAAGUCAUGUUUUCUUACCAAGCAACGAACAGAAAUGUGCUCAUCAAUGCUACAAAUAACUUAUUGUUCUAUAUGUGUUUUAAUUUGCCUUUAAACUGUUAUCUGAGUAGAUAUUUAAUUUUUAUUGAUUUCCUAAUAAGUCAUGGAUUUAGACUAAUUUAUUAGCCGGUAAAAAAAUACAGCCUCACAGUCUACAUGCCAUUGCCUCAUUAACUUUGGAGAUCUUUCUUUUCUCACAUCAACAAACUGAAAGUAUUUGAACGCAAGGAUAGAAAAAAGGCAAAGGAUAGACUUGUUCCGUUGGGUAAAAGAGGGAUUCUCAAUAUCACAUUUUGGAAAUUGCUUUUAAUAUUACAAAAUAUGGCUUAAGAACUUACCUCGAUGCUAUUUUCAUAGCAGUGAAAUUAUUGCAUGAAUUUUUUCAUCCAUGAUAUAAGAAUGUUUGAAUAUCGAUUUUCACAUGACAGUGCUAAUAUUUCUCAUAUCCUCUACCGAUAAAGAUCAUAUAGUGUUGGAAGUAGGAUGGUCGCUCAUAACCUCUAUUACUCUAUUUGUGGACCAACAUUAAAUUCCCAGUUGAAAGUCACGGGGAAAUGAAUAUUUAUAUACGUCUAUGUUUCCAUGGUGACUACAAAGUCUAUCAUAUUUAUAACAGAAAUGUUCAACACUGUCACUUAUUAUAGUUAGUAUAAGUUAGGAUACAUUUUAGAGUAUGUUAAAUAGUAUUGUUGAAAGAUCACUUAAAACACGUCAUUAUUUUUAUUCUAAACCCACACAAACAAUGCCCAUGCAUUGGUAUUUUGAGAAUAAUUACAUCCGUACAUUUAACAUUUAGGUACAUCUUAUAUUCUUGUUUUGUAACUCACAGCAGUCAUCUGCUUCAUGUUUCUUCGGAAUAAAGGACCUUUCUGAUAGACUUUGGUACUAAUAGCAUAAACAAUGAUAUUUGUACAUGAUGUGAUAACGAUAUUAUAUAUGACAUUUUACAGGUGGUAACAAUAUAUGACAUUUUACAGGUGGUAACAAUAGAUAUGACAUUUUACAGGUGGUAACUAUAGAUAUGACAUUUUACAGGUGGUAACAAUAGAUAUGACAUUUUACAGGUGGUAACAAUAUAUGACAUUUUACAGGUGAUAACAAUAUAUAUGACAUUUUACAGGUGGAAACAAUAUAUAUGACAUUUCACAGGUGAUAACUAUAGAUAUGGCAUUUUACAGGUGGUAACAAUAGAUAUGACAUUUUACAGGUGGAAACAAUAUAUAUGACAUUUUACAGGUGAUAACAAUAUAUAUGACAUUUUACAGGUGGUAACAAUAUAUGACAUUUUACAGGUGGUAACAAUAUAUAUGACAUUUUACAGGUGAUAACAAUAUAUAUGACAUUUUACAGGUGGAAACAAUAUAUAUGACAUUUAACAGGUGAUAACUAUAGAUAUGACAUUUUACAGGUGGUUACAAUAUAUAUGACAUUUUACAGGUGGUAACAAUAGAUAUGUCAUUUUACAGGUGGUAACAAUAUAUAUGACAUUUUACAGGUGGUAACAAUAGAUAUGACAUUUUACAGGUGGUAACAAUAGAUAUGUCAUUUUACAGGUGGUAACAAUAUAUAUGACAUUUUACAGGUGGUAACAAUAGAUAUGACAUUUUACAUGUGGUAACAAUAUAUAUGACAUUUUACAGGUAGAAUGACAUUAGAUUUGACUUUUUACAGGUGAAAACAACAGGUAUGUCACAUUUGUACAGGUGUGGAUAGCAAUAGGUAUGCCACAUUUGUACAGGUGAUGAUAACAAUAAAUAUGACAUUUGUACAGGUGAUAAUAACAAUAAAUAUGACAUUUGUACAGGUGAUAAUAACAAUAGAUAUGACAUUUGUACAGGUGAUGUUGACAAUAGGUAUGACAUUUGUACAGGUGAUGUUGACAAUAGAUAUGACAUUUGUACAGGUGAUGUUGACAAUAGAUAUGCCACAUUUGUACAGUUGAUGUUGACAAUAGAUAUGCCACAUUUGUACAGGUGAUGUUGACAAUAGAAAUGCCACAUUUGUUCAGGUGAUGUUGACAAUGGAUAUCCCACAUUUGUACAGGUGAUGAUAACAAUAUAUAUGACAUCUGUACAGGUAAUUAAAACAUAGAUACAACAUUUUUACACUUUUGAACAAUCGUAGAAGGCCUAUAAUUUCAACUUCAUUUCUCUUUAAAUCAUUGAGUUAUUCAUUUUUGUAAACCAUUAUGUAAUAAUUGUACUGAAAAGAUUUGUUUCUGAAGCGUCUGUGAUACAUGCAUAUAAGCUCUCAUCAUAUCGUAAUCCCAUACAUAUUCUAUAAACUUCGGACAAAUUCACAAUAGAGCCUAUAUCCUAGAAUUCCUUAUUCAUGAUUUAGAAUAUUUAUGCUAUGUUCUGAAAAAAAAAGCUUGUAAUAAUGAUCCUAAGCGCGCUUGAUUUUACCUAAUACCCUGUUAAAUAUAUUGACAAAGAACAUGUUUGGCAUUCUCUUCAAAUACACCUGUGAACCUUGAUAGACAAUUUGGAAGCAGUGCCUUACCGUCAGUAUAUUUUUAUAGAAACUCAUUUUGACUUCAAAGCAUCUCAAAUUUGUAAACAUAUGCUAGGAGUUUCGUCAAUGAACACCAAAAGACGUUAUCAUAAACAAGAACAUAAGUCUUAUUAUGGUUUCUGUUACUAUUGUUUCGUUAACGAUACCAAGAGAAUUUUUUCUGGGGUUUUUCAGAUAUCACUCAAUCUUUCAAAUCUGAUGAUAUUUUACAGUAAUGGAGUUUGAUUUUUACACAAUAUGGUUAUAUUAGUAGUGUUAUUCAUUUUAAUAUGUUGACAGAUAGUACCAUAUCGUUUUAAUCACGAUCUAUUAUAUCAUUGAAAGUGACCGCAAUGGCUGCUUAUAUGAUAUAGUACAUCUUAUGCAAUGAUGCACGUUUGGCUGUCAUAUAAUACUGUACUAGAAAUAUGACUAUUGUCCUAUGAGCGAGAUUUUGUAAUAGUUUCACGUUUUAACUUGUAAGUACUGCUUAGAAACGGGUACAUUUUUACAAUGUAAUGAAGAAUUAUUAAACUUCAUUUCUUAUUUUAGGAAUCCAUUCUUAGUCAAUAA